AUGCGUGCUCAUUGGGUUUCAUUCACUCUGCCCACUUUGGGUGAUAGGUCAUGUACUGGCGCGGCAUUUCUAGCUGAUGCUCUUUUGUGGCAUGAACGUUACAGGGUCUCCAGAAUUUCCACGAGUCACAGGAUGGUUUGUUCAGCAUCAUCUGCCGCUGGGAGCACAGGAAGCUCAGGAUCAGAGAUUGAUGAGAACCCAUAUGAGGUGAGCUUAAUUUUAUGAUUUGUAUCGGUAUAACAUUAGGAAUUCCAGAGCGAAUUAAUUCAAACAGGUUUUUUAGGUUCUGGGUGUCAAUCCAAUUGAGGGAUUUGAUAUGAUGAAGGCUGCCUAUAAGAGGAGACGGAAAGAUGCAGAAAGUAGAGGAGAUGAGGCAUCUGUAGCUAGAGUAAGCUAUGACGAUUGUAAUCGUAUUUGUUGAUAUACGUUGGAGUGUCUCAUACCGGUUUUUGUUUAAUGUUGUUUUACUUCUCCAUCAGUUAGAACGGGCAUAUGACAAAAUCAUGAUGUCUCAGCUAACCAACCGGAAGAAAGGUCUGGCAUUUGGUUCAUUCCAGGUUGGCUUCUUGGUCAAUGUGAAAUAUCCGUUAUAUUUUUUUUUACUCAUUGCUUUCGAUAAGUUCUCAUUUUGAAAUAAUGACAUUUGCAUGCCUGUUUUGCUUACCUAUGUGAGCAAUAUUAUCUUUCGUAUAAUAUUAAAAGAUAUGAGCACAUUGAGAGUUUGGAGUUUAGGAUCAUGAAUAUCAUCUUAUAUAAAUUUUUAUUUCCGAAAGUAUUUCGUUUGAUGAUGCCUAUUUUGGGAGAGAAGAAGACUUUUAUAGUUUGGUGAAAUUAAGAUGGGUUAUAAUGUUUCUAACUCCAAUGGUGUUCAUAGUUUUGGAUGUUUUAAUCUUAUAGCUGAAACCAGGAGAACAACGCCAUUGAAUAUUACAAAACAUGAAAGAAUCGCAAAUUAUUAAAGUCUGAAAUUAUCUCUAAUAUCAUUAUGCACGAAUCCGGAUGACAAUUGGAGCUGCCUAAAUUCUAAGGACACUUAAUAUGCUGGAUUAUGAAGAUAUAGCAGAGAGAGAAUAAUACGGCAAAUGAAAAUAAUGUUUAAGAGCAAUGGCUUGAUUUUACAUCAGGAAAAUCAACUAUUAAAAUACUGACCUCAUCUUCACAAUAGUUGGGUAAUAAAAGUAAACCUCCAAGUUAGGUGACAAGUGCAAGUGAAUAUCCAAUACUGAGAGUUAUGUAGCUACAUGAUAUUCGUUUAUAACAUCAGUGGAAUAUCACACAUUGUUUUCUGCUGUUGUCAACUGUUGCAAUCACGAGACCUUUGAAAUCGUUCCUUUAACUAUCACCUUUUAUCUGCAGCUUUGCUUUGCUUGGAGAUACCCUAUUCUUUUUCUGAAGGCUUAUGCUGAGUUUUUUUUUUCUUCAUGUAUUUGUCAAUUCCCUUUCUUGAGUUAAAAUUCCCUCUUUUCCAAGGUUAUUAACUGUUUUUUUUAAUUUUUUAUCAUACAACUUCUUUCUGAUUGUGAAUCCUUUUGUUAAAAUUUUCGUCUUCAAUUUCCUGACCUCGAACUCUCUUCCUCAGAACUGUUUCAUAAUUUCUCUCAAUUGGUCACGAUCCAUAAAUGUCUGGUUGGUGGCCACUGUAAUAUUGAUAUUUUCUUACAUUAUCAGUAGUCCAUGCAUCUAUAGCCACAUGACCUUAAACAAACAAUCACACUUUCUUUUGACACCUAGAAAAAGGAUUCCUCAGUUUUUCUUGAAAAUGAAGUCUCCCUAGUUCUUGGAUCUUAUUUUAGUUGUACUGUUCAUUAAUUGUUGAUGAAAAGGAAUAUCAAUUUCUGUUUCCAUUCAGGUUUCCAAGGACAUCAAAUAUGCUGACAAGCAGCCAAUUGUACCAUGGGGACCUAGGUAAUUUCUCCAGUAUUUUUUCAUAGUAUUCCUGCUUUAGCUCUCCCUCUGCAUGGAGGAACUCUGUAUUUUUUAGGCCCUUUGAUUUGUCAGUUUUGCUUCUGUGUGUUUUCUUAUAUUUUAUAAUUCUUGUUUCUCGGGGUAGGAUAAGUGAAAUGCAACCAACAUAUUUUCUGGGAUAAAGGUUAUGCGGGGGACGGAUCAAUACCCAGAUUCAGCUUGUAAUUAUGGGUUCAUGAAAUUUUAUGGAUUCAUUUUGGGGGCAAGCUACCAUCUAAACAAAACGAGACAAUAAGUUAAAAGAGAAAAAUAUGAUUCAUUAGAAGUUAUUUUCAGGUGAGAUCCCUCAAACACGUGACGCAAGGUGUGGGUUUAGUAAAAUUAACCAGUCCAGAAUCAGGCUGGGUAUGAGUUAUAACCAAAACAAGAUGGAAUCAGAUAAUGAUGGAACUGAUAAAUUAUAGCCUGUAAUCGUUUAAACUUCAUUGGUAAUUGUAACAAACAGGGUCGCAUGAAGCAUGAUAGAUGCAUGUUCUUUUAUAAUUCAUAUUUAUUUAUUUAAUUUUUUAGCGAUUACUGUUUGCAGAUUUAGCAAAUCUAGCCCAAAGGACAUGAAGAUCAAUUUGGCGAUAUCUGCAUUAUUUGUAAGAUGCAAAUUAUUCUCUUUUGGAACCCACAUCCUUUUCCUCAUGUAUUCGCUCAAUAUUGUCUUGGCUGUUUGUUUCUGGAUGUUUACGAUGCUUAAAGCCUAAAGGCUGUAAAUUUCUCAUACAAUUCUGAGUGACAAUUAUUUUUCCAUUCUGUAAAUUAUUCCUUUUAAAUUUUGCGUAGCCAUGAUCAUACUUGUUUGGAAGUACACUUUUUCUGUGACUAAAUCCCAUAAAAGGCCUGUUCUUUGUUGUUCACACUUCUUUGCUAUCAUGUCCUAAGGACAUGCAUGGUUGGUUAUUAGUUUGGAGAUAUGUUUUUAGGAUUUCUUUUAUUGUUUAAGUUUUGUUGGCAAUUCUCUGAUUUUAUUGUUAAUAGCUUGUGGAGAAGUUCCCUGUAUGUCACUCAUCAUCUAAUGAAAUAAUAUGCCUAUGAUGUAUGUUCAUGAGUCAGAUUUUUUUGUCCUUAUGUAACUCUGUUAUCAAUUGACCAAAAUGAUUUGGAUCGGUUUUUAACAUUCAAUCCCAAUGUGCACAAGAAUCAUUCGUGCUCUUGUGGAUAUUUUACGAAAGUAAACUUUUUUUUUCUGUAGUGGGGUUCGUCCAUACUUUGUUGACUCAGUGCGAUGCGUUCCAAUUUAUGCAAAACAGAUAUAUUUCUCAAGAUUCCAAUCCCAAUGAAUUCCAGUCCUGACAUGGGUUAAGAUUGGCUGAAUAUAAAAGGAGGGGUUAUUACUUCUGAUUUGCAUGUAAGAGGAAUCUAUUUUCUCUGAGAGGCUUGUCCGAAGCUUGUGGAAUCAGUGUGAUGUGCUCCAAUCCAUACGAAUCAGAUAGGAAUUUUGAAGAUUCAGAACCUUUAAUGGCUUUUAUAUGAGUUGAAGCGGAGUCAAUUUAAGUUGCAACAAAAGCAGGAGAAUUUGGCCGGACGGUUUCGUCUGCCAGAUUCACUAUCUAUAGUCUUUUCUUUUCAAAUAGGGUCGACGUAGGGUGCCUUUAAGCGUCCUGCAAUCCAACUCUCCGACUAUGCCAGAUGUAUUUUAGAUAAGGGCCAUCCAUUUGGCACCUCAUGAUCAUCUAAUCCUUGAGUCAUAAAUUAAAUAAGACACAGUAUCAUUGAUUAAUGAAUCCCAACGAGUAUUCGGUUGCAUGAUAGCAUUUUCCAGAUAUUUAACGAUCAGAAAGGCUCUCAUUUAAUGUUUUAAUUACUAGGGACCAGUACGCAUUAAUAUAUUUAAUUCUUUUCAGAUGCAUGCUAUUGCUAUUUGGUUGAUGCAUGUGAUACUACUCUGAUUGUUUGGGUUUUAAAGCUGAUAAGGUGUUAAAUGUCUACUCGGGGAGGUAUAAUUAUGCCUGCUAUUAAGGAGGCAUAAAAUACCUAACCUUGGAGAUUUCUCAGGUUUAGAUGUUCUUACCAAAUCUCGGGUUUAUUUCUAUCCUGAAUCGCCAUAGCCAGUGAAAAGAGAGAUUUAUCUUGUUAUUGAGAAUUGUUUAAAAUGAAGGAGUUGAGUGGCUACACAAUCUCAAACACCUUGAGCCAAGUCCUGCCCAUACAGUCAUAUUUCCUUUUCUCACCAUUUAAUUAAUGAAGAGCGCUUCAUCUUUGUCUACAAUUGGUUAGUAGAAUCUCUAUCUGCGAGGUCAAUUUGGUGAAAAUUUACCUACUCAACUAAGGUUUUUCAACUCAGUGCUUGCUUUGGAAUCUGCAGAGGUCUAUUUCAGACCUUGCAAUGAUGAAAAGUUGGAAAGGUACUGUUCCUGUUGAAGAAACAUAUUUUCAAUAAUCAGUCCUAAAACGUAGACCCCCCCAUUACUGAUAAUACUAAUUAGUCAAUCUAGUAUCACUGGACUCAUGUUGAUAUUUUUUUGCAAAGCGAAGUGAACUUCCCCUGUCCUUGUCCCUCGACAUAUCCAUUGUGGGGACAUUCAUCCAUGUUGCCACUUUCUAGUAUCUGCUACUAAGCUACCACUAUUGAUUGUUUUCGGAUAUUAUACUUAUGCAGACCAUCUGGAUCAUUAUAAAGCGCAGUGCUGAGUACAAGCCUCUGCAAUUUCUAGGGUUUGUUUAUGUAUACAGAAUAUUUGAGAAACUCAAGUCUUCUGAGCCAGCAGCAUCUGUCACAUUCAAUGUGAGUUGCGAGUCUACCUUUUCAGUAAACAUAUAACGUGAAUUUGCUUCAUUGUCCUUCAUCAAGAAUCAAAUAACUGACAGCAUGGUUAUAUACUGGUUCUGUCGCGUAGGAGGAAGGUGAAGAUGAAGGCCGGGGUCUACGCAUGGGCAAGCGUCUUCUCCGUUCUCUGACAUUGGUUUUCACAUGUGUCGCCCUUGCAUCUUUAGUAAGUCUCAUGCUUCAUCUUGAUUUUCAGUUUCAAGGCCAACUCAACCUUAAUAUUGACUUUGACUCGUUGUGUCAACUCUCAACCCUGACAACAUCUGACUUACUGGAACGACUCACAAACUUUUUUUUUUCCUGUUUCUUCUAUGGUUAUUUAUUUUUUUUCACCCAUAAUUGCAGGGUUUCACAGGAAUUCUCAAUGUGAUCGAAUAUCUAGGGCAGUAUAUACCUCUCUUCCUCUUCAAUAACCAGGUAACUAAGUCCGUCUGA